GAAAGAUUUCCCAGUUUGGGUUUGUGACAGGUAGGGGUGGUGGCUCAUCAACUGGGACUAGGAUUAGCUCAUCUGCCCCAACCACACGCCAUUAAUUCAUUCACUCCAACUCUCUCUCUCUCUCUCUCUCUCAUUCACUCCAACGCUCUCUGUCCAGUGUUUGUUUAUUCGCAUAAAUUCUCAGACCCAUUGCAUAUCAAGCUCGUAUUUUUCUCCGCCAGAUCGGAAGCCCUCUCUGUCUCUCGCGUUGCUCAUUCUGAUUCUUGAGCUGGGUCUCCCAAGAUGAAAGUGACCGUGGUUUCGCGCAGCGGCAAGGAAGUCGUCAAGGGGGGACUUGAGCUCGAUGACUCCGCUACGGUGGCUGAUCUGCAGGAAGCGAUUCACCGGCGAACGAGAAAAUACUAUCCUUCUAGACAGCGCCUGACCCUACCCAUCCAACCUGGAUCGAAGGAAAAGCCUGUUGUCCUUUACUACAGGAAGAGUCUCAAGGAAUACUAUGAUGGGAACUCGGGGAAGUUGUCUGUGGUGCUCAAGGACCUUGGUCCACAAGUUUCCUACCGUGUACUUUUCUUCUGCGAGUAUUUAGGCCCUCUAUUCAUCUAUCCAAUUUUUUACUAUUUCCCUGUGUAUCAAUAUUUUGGCUACAAAGGAGACCGAGUCAUCCACCCAGUUCAGACAUAUGCCUUGUACUACUGGUGUUUUCACUACUUCAAACGCAUCAUGGAGACAUUCUUUGUUCACCGCUUCAGCCAUGCAACCUCACCUCUAUCUAAUGUGUUCCGGAAUUGUGCUUACUACUGGACAUUUGGUUCUUAUAUUGCUUAUUAUGUGAAUCACCCACUUUAUACACCUGUUCCUGACAUCCAAAUGAAGAUUGGAUUUGGUUUUGGAUUAGUUUGUCAAUUGUCCAACUUCUAUUGCCACAUCUUGCUGAGGAAUCUUCGGAGUCCUGAUGGCAAUGGAGGAUAUCAAAUCCCACAAGGGUUUUUGUUCAAUAUCGUGACAUGUGCAAACUACACAACGGAGAUUUAUCAGUGGCUUGGCUUCAAUAUUGCAACUCAGACAGUUGCAGGUUAUGUCUUUCUUGUGGUUGCUGCUCUUAUCAUGACUAACUGGGCGCUGACUAAGCACCGUCGUCUGAAGAAGCUAUUUGAUGGAAAGGAGGGACGACCAAAGUAUCCCCGGCGAUGGGUCAUCCUGCCCCCAUUCCUGUAGGAGUUAACCAGACAGACUCUUAAAGGUUCCUUUAGCUAAGAGGUUUUGAGCAAAGCAUAUGGUUUAAAGUAGUUAAAGGCUGUUCUUAUCAGAAUCUUCUGCUAAUAUGGAUGGGAUCAUAUCAUAUUACCUUCUUGCUCUUCCAUUUUUAGGUCAUCUUUUGAACUAGCUGUAGCUGUUGUUCUUUUUCCCUUUGCCAGGGGGAUGGUUUUCUAUCAAAUUGUUUGAAACUUUUGAGCUGUAAGAGUUGCAGCAGAUAUAUAGAUGCCUUGUAGGCCAAACUUUGAUAUAUUUGACCACCUUUUUCUGUUA